AUGCGAGCUACGCAGUUACAAAACCACUAUGCAGUGAGUCACCUGGACCAAGACAACCAAAGAGCGGAACUUAACCUGUCUCCAGUCGAUUACCUUAUCCAUCCUCUUCCAUCCUAUAACCGAGCUUCCCGAGUCGGCGCCGGCGCCGCCAUCCUAGCCAUCUACUAUCUCCUUCUCAUACCCAUGGUCGCGACAUACAUUCGCCUAAUAUAUAAUGUCUUGUGGAGUCCGGGAUAUCUUCCCUUUGGCGUGGAGCGCGUCCAGGCAGACUCAGCCUUGCAGCGCGAACAUUCACACGGGCAACGCCGGCGUCGCAAGAGCGAUUCGAGGAAGGUGCAAGAUGCCGAGAAGCAAGAGUCGACCGAGAUGGACUUGGAGAGUGCUUUGAACGAUAAUGCUGGAGGGAAGGCAUUCCCAUUAGAUCCAGCUGGUCUGGAGAGCUUCUACACGAAAGAUGUGUUUGUCUGUCAAGAGGACGGCCGGCCGCCGUAUUGCUCGACGUGCUGCCAAUUCAAGACGGACAGAGCACACCACUGUCGUGAGGUUGAUCGCUGCGUACGCAAGAUGGACCAUUUCUGUCCUUGGGUCGGCGGCGUGGUAUCGGAAACAUCUCUCAAGUUUUUUAUUCAAUUCGUUGUCUACACGGCUAUAUUCUGUGCAUUCGCCCUUAUUGUCAAUGCAUAUUUUGUCGCAGAACUCAAACGCCAGACAGGAAGUGCGAACCCCUAUUGGUGUGUUUGCAUUGGAUUGAGCGGACUAUUCGGACUAUUCUCCGCGGGCAUGACUCUCAGCUCCAUUCAACUUGCCAUGCUCAACAUCACCACAAUUGAAAACAUCAGCCGCCACUCUGUCGUCUGGACUCUCGCCAUUCGAGUCCCAGAGCAUCUUCUCGAACGCCUAUGGACAGCCGACUCUCCCUGGGCCCCAACAUUCCGCAUGAUCUCCUAUCCACUCGAACCACCCACCCCAAUCGAACCCCCAAGCAGCCCAUCAGCGGAGCGCCACGUCUUCGCCAUCCUCCACACACAGCCAGGCGAGAACCCUUUCGACCUCGGCAGCAAAUUCAAGAACCUCCAACAGGUCAUGGGCUACAGCGUUACAGACUGGCUCCUCCCAUUGAAGCACAGCCCAUGUGCAGACCACAGCAGCCCCGAGAGCGCAUUCGCUCUAGGCCCUGUGGUCACGCGAUUAAAGCAGGAAGCUGGAUUGGUCCCGCCUCCAACAUCAAUAUCGCCAUCGCAGUAA